UUGAGUCAUUUCUUAAAAACAAAGAUAAGCGAUAAACUGUAGGCUCAUCUAUAGAUAAAAUUAUAUGCCGAAUGUUUAAUUUUGUGCCGCGAUUGUUACAUUGCAUCACCGUGUCGAAGACUUACGCGGUCGAACGAGACGACAUACACACAAAACAUUCUCUGUAGUGGAACCCAACGAGUGAGCAGCGACCACAGCCCGUUCCUUUGUUUUGAUUCUCGUUUCUAACAAGAACACGGAUAUGUGAGCACGGAACAACGCAACAAUGGCCAUAUCGUCGAAUUGCUGGAAAUAUAUAGUGUUAACAUUCAAUGUUUUAUUCGCAAUGUCAGCAGUUGUACUGUUUGGAGUCAGCGGCUUUCUACUGUACCGGCUUUUCCUAUAUCGUCACUUUAUAGGAGUGAAUGUGGAAUAUCCUUCUAUAUUGCUCCUUAUGAUGGCCAUCAUUACAUGUUCUAUAGCUUGGAUAGGCUGGAGGACGACCAAAUCGAUGCAUCAAAUCCACGUUAUAAUAACUGGUCUGCUCAUAAUCAUCGUGGUGGUAAUAGAAUUCUCCUGCUUUGUGUGGGCAAUGGUAGUUUGGGACAACACCGAAAUAGAUAUCAAAACUACCAUGACGAGCUAUUUCGCGCAAACUGCAGCGGCGAAGGAUCCGAACUCGGCUGAUGCGAUCAGAUGGGAUAGGAUACAUGUCAGGUUCGAAUGCUGCGGUGUGAACGGUCCAAAUGACUAUACGUCGUCAGGUCGCGUGCCCCUUUCAUGCUGUGGCCAAGGUCCGUUGGAUGAACUUCACAAGCCGUACACGUCUGACUGUUCAGCGCUGUACCAGCGCGGCUGCGGGAAGCCGGUGCACGAUUACACGAGACAGCAGUUACUGCUUGUAGCGAUGACAGCGCUAACUGCGUCUAUAUUGCAGAGCACAGGAAUCUUCUGCACGUUCUUCUUAGCACACGCCAUUCGAGAAAAGCGGAAGAUGUCUCUAAGGCACUCGACUACUCUGAGAGAGGGUACUUAUGCAGCCGCCGAUGAUUCUUUAUUGGCGUCUCCAUCAGCGCCGGCGCCCACUUUGCCAAAGUACUAGUGAUAUUAGGAUAGAUGUGAAUCAAAUCCAGUAAUUUAGUCUAACGUCACAUUUAGCGUACAUUCAGUCGUAUAAUUUCGGUGACUAAAGAUCGGUGGCCGGAUUAGCAUUGCCAGAUUGAGUAUUCUUCCAUAAUUUUGGAUAAAAAUCCCUUUCUGAAAUUCUGAAGAAAUGAUAUUCUAGGAGAAAAAUGAAAUGGGGUUGGAAAAAUAUGGGUAAUGUUUUUUAGAUAGUUUUCGUAAUUGUAAACUGCUAAGGGUAUAUAUAUUAAAUACAAUAAAAUAUGCUUUUUUGCUGUCGUUCUCAUAGUUGUUCCAUGACAAAACAUGUUGGAAACUAAUAUAAAUUUGUGAUUGGGAAAAAGUAUAUAAAAUAAGGGAUAAAGAUGUGGAAACUAAAGAUACGACGAAUGUGACGCUAACUUUAAAUAAAGCCUUCAACGGCUAUUCAGUGAUAUUUCGUUCUCAAAGGAGACCCGCCAAACCGUGUUCUUAUCUUAUUACCUUGUUAUUUCCGGACUAUCAGUUUUCCGGAAUGGCAAGGUAUCUGUAGACUUUAUAAGUCUGACUUUAUCCUUUAAAACAUAACAAACAUGACUGUAAUUGAUCCAGUGUUUUUAUGUGAUGCAACGUUAGAAAAUCUAUGCUUUACCUCAAAUAUUAGUUUAGUUUAGUCAUUGCUGUAAGUUGGUGUGAGCAUUGAUAAUGUAAGAUUAUAUAAUAUUUAUUUUGGGUUCAUUUUCAAUAUUCCAUUUAAUUCCACCAGUUGGACCAUAUGGAGAGCGUUAAGCAAUGCUGUCCUUUCAUAUUGGGUUUGAAAUUUCGUUGCAAUACCGUGCAAGACGCGAAGUAUUGCGAUGCAUACAGCUUUCCCCUUUACAAAAGCAUAGAGGUUCAUCAAUCACUGCUAAUUACUAUUACUUCUUUCUGCAUAAAUGGCAGAAAGUUUUGUUUGAGUAAUUAAGUGUACCUAUUGUUUGUUGUUUGAUCUCCAUUAUAUAAACCAAGAGGAAUAGAAAUUUAAGAAAAACUAGGGGCAACUGAUUAGUUUUUUUUUUUUAUGUAAACAGCGUGUAGUAAACAUAAUUAUAACUCGUCAGUUGCUGUGACUGCAACCUGUAAAACAUGAAAUAUAUUUUUCACAUGCUUUUUGUUUCUGCCUACCGUAAUGGGAGACAGGCGUGACAGGAAUGUAUGUAUGUAUGUAUGCUUUUUGCAAGAAAUGCCUGUAGUCUUUAGUGAAAAGUAGAAGGAGUAACCAUGCAUUUACCACGCACAAAUUGUUAAUAAACAUUAUUUAUUACUUUAUUAUACAAGUAAUAUACCAAUACUUACCUACUAUUUUGAAAUAAUUUAGUAAAUAAAUGCGAAUGUAAUUUGUGUGAAUGUUACUCUAUGAUAAUAUAUACAUAUAUCUUACAUUUUAUAUUAAUAACAAAAUAAUAAAUAAUUAAUAAAUUUUUAGAGUCAAAAUUAUAAAGAUAAUAAUUGGAAAUAUUUUUCAGUCAUCGAUGUAAAUUAUUUUUGUAUCAUUCUUGUAAUGUUAUGAAUCGAAAAUUUGAAACAGGGUCCUAGGGAUGUUUUAUGUUUAGAAAUAUCCAUAUAUUGUAGUUGUAAUAUCGUAUAUUAUAUUCCCAAUAAUGGAUAUAUUAAAUAUCAGUUAUGGAAUAUAUAAUACAAAACAAGUAACUUGAUCGAACUGAAUAUAUCGAAUGAUCUCAUUCGACUGAUAUGAGUGAAAUCAAAAUGGGUGAUGACCUUUUUGCCGCCAUUAAUGUCCAAAAGAAAUCAAUAAGACAUCGAAGCGGUACCGAUAUUGUCCAUACCUACAGGGUCCUAUCUAGGUACAUUGCCGCUCUUGGCAAAAAGAAAUAUUUGCCUUCUUUUAUAAUUAAUGUCCAUGUUUAUCAUACUAUUUCAGCCGUUAAAUGUCCACUGUUGAAUAUAGGUCUCUCUUUAUUGGGGAGUUUUGCCAGUAGUUGCCAUGCUUGGCAGGCGGAUUAGCAACCGCAGUUAGGCCUUGGAGAUGUUUGAAAAGUUAAGUUCCCUUAGUCGCUUCUUACGGCACCCAUGACAAGAGAAGGAGUGGCCUAUUCUAUGCCGGGACCAUACGACAAAGUCCAUUUCGACUGCGAGUAAACGCAGUGGAUUAAUUUUGCCCGCUCGAUGCCCUAAACCGGGCCCCGUAUAAUUAACAUAAUGCGUCGCUAAUAACGGGAUAAUAACAGGGUGAUGGCGAUGGUACAGUGAACUGAAUUAUAUGUAACAUUACAUUAUAUUACUAAUAUUACAUUAUAUUACAUUACAUGUUGUAAGAUUUGGAGUGUUCACUGCUAGUUUUAAAUGUAAACUGAAAUACUUAAUAAUUAAUACGAAUGUAUCCCAAAUUGUGAUUAUGUUUAUUUUUAUUUGUAACACGACGAUCCCGUUGUUAACCGACUUAAAAAAAAAAUAAAACUUUACAAAUCGAUUGUUUUUUUUGUAUAUUACGCGACAUCUUCACUAAUUUUGUCUUAAUUUUGAUGAUUUUUUUACAAUUGGAUUUACGUGUUAGCUCAAUACAAAUUUUGUUCCGAUUGAAGUUGCUUUUUUUUUUGUAGCAAACUUUUUAGUGUAUGUAUAAUAAUAAUAGUAUCUUACAAUUUCUAAAUACAAAUUAUUUGUUUCCUUCAAAUACGCAAGCCUAUGCCAGUAAUUAUAAGAAUAUCAUUCAGUCUCAAUUUUGCCGCUCCUCAUUAUUGCCUUUAUGGGCAAUUGCCCGGAUCGGACCUUGAUCAUAACAAUAAUAAAGAACCUAUUAUUUCUCACUCAUGGUUUUUUUAAUGGGUGAUAAUGGAAUGGUAACCCCAUUAUAUUAUACCCUAUAAAUGGUAACCGCGAUAUCGGUAUACACCGGCGGGGCACCAGUGAAGGAUGAUAGAUGAGGAUGAAGCAGGUCAGCUAGCCCAUCGUGACGAAUUCAACAAGAAUUGUUCACGAUGGUAUCCAGGUUGGAACCACGUGAAGGUCGACCUAACAGGGCAUAUUGCUAGCAAUAGGGCUGUCAAACUCAAUUGCUAACAACCCCUUUCCCCUCACUCAUAUGGUUGUGUAUUUGUAUUUAAAAUAUGACUUGUAAAGUUUGCUGUAUAUUUAUAUGUAGUUUGCUAUAUAUUUCAUAGUGAGAAUAAUACAUGUUGAUUGACACAAAAUACAAUUAUAUUAUUAAUUUAUUAACUUAUUUAUACACCUAAUGUUUUUUUUUAAUGUAUUCAGUAAAUGAAAACAUAUGAGGAGACUUUGUACAAAAGUCGAUUGCUUGGGUACCUCUGUCCCAUUCGUGUUUCAACCGCGAAGCAGUUGUGUUUGCAUGACUGUGUUUCGGUUUGAAGGGUGGGAUAUGGCGUGAAUUUACUAGGUACAGAGGAAUAAUAUCUGAGUCCUCAGGAAUGGCAACGCAUGGGGGGUAUCAUAGACGAAACAGUAUACUCUGUUAUGUCCAGGGUACUGCUCAUGUCUAUAGGCGACGGUUACCACUUUCCAUCAGGUGGGCCGUCAGCUUGUUUGCCAUUCUAAGUUGUAUAAAAAAAAAUGUACGUGAAAUAAUUAUGAAAUUUUAUUUGUAGAAUACGUUGAAUAUAUGUAAACAAUAAAUAAAUAACUUUUUUAGCUACCA